UUAUAUUUCCAUCGUCACAUUAGUUUCAACAAUAGAUCGGUCUAAAGCUGCAUUUAACAAACGGCUUUAAUAAUAUCGAUAAAUAUAUUUUUGUAUAUACCUGCAAAAGAGGACAUCAUAUUAUUUGUUUUUAAAUAUUUAAAAUCGUAAAGUUUUGUAGUUUCGCGCCAAAAAAUAUUUAAUAUUUAAUUUGUGACCACAGAGUGAUUUUGUUUAAAAUAAGAGAGAGCCUUUUUCGUAUUAGAUAAAUAAAUUUGGAUAAAGGAAUUUUCAACAUGAAAGUGGUGAUAUUUGCAACGAUUAUAGCGUUGAGCACCAGUGCUCGUCUAGACAACAAUUACCUGCCACCGCCUCCAGGUGCGGCUGGGGCUGGAGGUGGUCCUGGACUUCCGACGCCUGGUUUCUCGGGUGGAAAUGGAGGUCUAGGUGGAUUUGGAGGUGGUGGUAGCCCAGGGCGACCAGGAGGUGGCGGUUACAGCGGUGGUGGUGGAGGCCGUGGAGGUGGUGGCGGUGGAGGAGGUGGUGCUGGACCAUCGGGACCAUCUGGACCACCAAUUGAAAUCAUCUCGUAUGAGAACGAGAACUACGGUGACGGAACUUACAAGUUUAGCUACGAGACUGCCAAUGGAAUCAAGGCCGAAGAGACUGGUGAUGUCAAGAACAAGGGCUCCGAGAAUGAGAUUCCAGUGGUGAUGGGAUCCUACUCGUACACGGAUCCUGACGGUCAGCUCAUCACAAUCACAUACGUCGCCGAUGAGAACGGUUUCCAACCUCAGGGAGAUCAUCUGCCAACCCCUCCCCCAAUUCCGGAAGCUAUUGCCAAGGCUCUUGCUGCGACUGCCGCUGCUCAGGGUAAUGCUGGUGCUGGAGCCGGAGGUGGUGCCGGAGGUUAUGGUGGCGCCGGAGGUGGUGCCAAGGCCGGAGGAUAUGGUGGACCAGGAGGUGCUGGUUACGGAGGCAACGGAGGCGGCAAUGGUGGUGGAGGCGGUCGUGGAGGCAAUGGCAAUGGACGCAACGGCGGCGGCGGCGGUGGUGGAGGUGGUUUCGGAGGUGGUGCCGGUGGUGGAGCUGGUGGUGGAGGCGGUUAUGGUGGCGGUGCUGGUGCCGGCGGUGGUAAUGGAGGUGGUGGUGGUGGUGGCCGACCUGGCAACGGGCAAUUCAGUCUUCAAUCCGGCUACAACUAUUAAGAUUCUCUCACGAAAGCUUCGAAUUACGGAACAACAAACAUUCUCAAUCCCAUUUACCUUUGUAUAAAAAUAAGUGCUAUAAUUUAUUGAAUGAAUUUUGUUUUUAAUUUUUUUUAUUUGUAUAAUUUGUUUGCCAUUUGUCUUAUCAAAAAGAAAAAAGAUGCAAAACAAAGAAAUAACUUGGAUGGAUGGUUGGCAUUUAUUUUGAGUUAAUUUUUGUUUUUAUAAUUUUUUGGUAAUAAAUAUUUAGAUGAUUAAGAAUCGAUUUAUGUUUAUAUACGAAUAUUUAUGUAGAUAUAUGGCUAGUGACCCAAUGUCGUUUUUAAUUUGUUUUUAUUAUUAUUUUGAUUUUUAUUUGAUAUGAUACUCAUGUAAAUCCUACCCGUUGUAAAAUAAAUAUGGAAAGUUAUUUUUCGAAAGGGUUUACUUAUGCUUAAUGUAUGAUAUAAAAAUAAAAAUAAAUUGUAUAACCAUUAUUAUUAUGAAUGUAAUAUUUUUUUGUUUUUAAUAAAUUAUUUGUCCUUUUUUGUACUCAAAGUGAAUUUAUUCGUAUAAAUAAAUAUCUAAUGAACAAUAAAUAAAGAGUUCAAAGAAAAUUAAAACAAAAACAAAA